GUACAAAUGAUCGAUUGAAAGAAAUAGAAAAACCAUGGAUACAGCGACGGCGAUUCGCACUGUUUAUAUUGUUAAAAAUUAUCCAAAAAAAAUCGACAUUCGCAUCGCGCUCGUACUUUUGAGAAAUUGGAGAAUUUUCAGCCUUUUGAAGAAAACGUCACAAAAAAAGAUUCCGAAAGAAGUCAAAUUGCCCAACGCAAUUUGAAAUUGACUCGUCCUUCGUCCGAGAUCUGCGAAGCCUCUAGAAACGUUUGGUUGAAGAGAAUUUUAAAGGAACCAGGCGAAGGACGGUGUCGUAUCGAAGGUAAAAGAAUGAAGAAGCGUUGGCCGUGUGUAUUCAAUCAAUCACGAUCGCCAAAAAAUUCGCCAAGAAGAUCACCUUUAUCAAGAGCAAACGAAUCUACACUUACUAGAAGUAAAAGUUUCCACGAUUCGCGAAAAAGACGUUUGCUUAGGAGCAAUGCAAAGUCACAAUGCAGGAGUGGUGAAAAUGGCGAGAGAAAGGAUGUAAGGAAAGAAGUGUUCGGCUCCCUGGAAUCUCUAUUCGACGUGAAGAAACCCAUAAAUUUACCGGAUCUACAAUUACUACGUGGGAGGUACUACGGCGAAGGUGAUACGCCGAACUCCAGUCCAGAUUCGCGAAGUCCCGGAAGUCCACGACCCCUAGUACCCUCGCUAUUUCCGUUUUUUGCGACAGAGACAAACCAAGAAGUUAACGCACAUUUACAAUCUGAAAACUCGAGUGAUCCUGAUUCAAAGGAGUAUGCUAGAGAUAUAAAUCAAUUAGGAGAAAUAGAAGAAGAGAUUUUAGCACAAGAAUCUCCUGAGCUAUCUAAUAAAAUGGAUGCCUCUGAAGAGGAGAAUAUAAAACAGGAAAGCGAAGAAGUAAAAGAAGGUGACGAUACAGUAGAAGAAGAUGUGAAUAAUGCUGAUGAAACUGGAGAGGAAGAAGAUACUCUUACUCCCAUGCAGGACAUUAAUAAAGAGCCAGAUGCAGCAUCUAAUGGACAAAAAGGAAAAGGAGACGAUGAAGAAAAGGGAGCACCUUCUUAUCCGAUACCACCUGGUUUAGGCGAGGGUAUUCCUGUAAAGUCUGGGGGACGACAAGAUUCUAUAAUGAGUGCUAUACCACUGACGGAUACUGCAGUUAUGGAGGAAAUGAAAGAGGCUGAUGAGAGAUGUACUGUGAUUGCAGCAGAAAUUGAAGAACUUAAAAAAGAAUUAAAUGAGCUCACUAAUAAAGAAAACCUUACACAAGAGGAUACAUUGAAGAUCAAAGACAAACAAGAAAGUAUAAUGGCAAAGCUUGGAGAAUUUGAAAAAAUAACACGAAAAUUACAGCGUUUAUUAGGCCUGGCUGAUCCAUCUAGUCGAACGUUCGCUAAAAUGUUUGAAAUGCAUCCUUAUCCUUUUGGGAAACCAGGCGCUGGCAUGGAAAGUAUUCCCGAAGGGAAAGAAAAAUUAAGCGAAGAAGAGAAGGUAAAAGUUAAGAAACCAGAAGAUGAAAAGAAAAAGGUGGAAGAAGAUGACGAGUAUCGUUUCGACAUUCCUCAAAUGGAAUAUCCAGAAGAUAAACUUCCAAGAGUAAUAGUAUGCGGUUAUACAGAGGAUAAAAUUCCAAAAAUCGUAGUAGGGGAUAGUGAGAAAACAGGAAAGAAACGUUGUUUCCAAAAUCUAACAGGAAAAUUGAACGAGUCUUUAAACAUGCAGGAAAAACUAGUAAAGGAAAAUGCCCAAUUGGAAGGUGGCAGAUACAAAUUGGAGGAGGCUUUACUGGAGAAGGACAACGCGGUUGACAGUCUUCAGAGGAAGGUAUGCGGCUUGCAGGCGGAAAUGCGAAUAGUUGUCAAGGAAAACACAGAAUUGAGUCGACAAAUAGCAUCUUUAAAUGAACGAGUAACAACGUCAGCCUGUUAUACCAUUUGUACCGAACCAUCCGCUCCGGGUUUAAAAGCACCACCUUCUCCAAUAACGCUAGCAACAGUUAACCAUAGUAAAUCGUUUUCCCACGAAGACAAUUCCUGUCUAUGCAAGUGUUGUCUUCAGGAACAGAUAGGAGACUGUAAAUUAUCGCAGCCACCGACCAUAUGUGUGGAUCCAGAUUCAUUGAAGUUUCACACAGUUUGUGGUAAGUUCUCGUAUUGCUGUCGCAACUGUUCAGAUAAGAAUUUCAAAAAUUUAUCUUCAGGAUCACCUAGAUUGUCAGGCGGUGCUUGUCGUGAAAGUUACCAAAACAUUUCUGAACGAGAAUCAGACAUGUGUUGUAGAAGUCCUGCAACUUCUAAAGCAUCAGCGGUACCCCCAGCUCGAGGAGCAUGUCCUGCAGAGCUAGAGAAUAAGCUAACGCUCUAUGGAAACAACACGAAACAACUAGAACAACAACUGGGUAGUAUGGAAACGGAAGUACGCAACAUGCAAAAGGAGUUGGCAAAUGUACAACGAGAGAGACAACAACUCGAACAACAGAGAAAACUAUUAAAAUGCACAGGACCUUGUGCACCUUGCUCCUGUUGUCCUCCAGCCCCAUCUUCCUCUACCUCAGUACAACCGCAAUUAGUACCCUGCACUGCAAGUACAAAUCCUCUUCAGGGAUCAUCUCCUCCUAAGGGUGUACCCAUGUCUCUUGCCAAGAUGAAGCCUCAACAAGCUGUUCCCUCCUGCUCUGGUCCAUGCACGAAUGCACCCAUGGGUGGCAGUACCUGCCCUCAGCAGCAGCUGCGUGAUCUCCGUGAACAGUAUGCACGUCUUCAGGACGAUUACAAGAGCAAGCUUUGUGAAGUAUCCUGCUUGAGAGCAGAUGCUGAGAAGAUGAAGAAGGAGACAAGAGAAGCUAAGGAAGAGAAGCAAAAGGCUGAUAAUAAAGUGAUAGAUUUACAAGAACGAUUAAAGAUCGUUGAAGAUGAGAAAAAUAAAUUGACUGGAAGCAAGGAACAGCUAGUGGAACAGGAACAGGCCUUACUCGUAACCAAACAACGUUUUCGAGAAGCUCAGGAUGAAUUGGAGGAAUUACGCUCCGUUAUCCAGGAUCAGGCUAGUCAGUUGGAGGAUUAUAGGAAUAAAUAUCUGCAAGCGCAGGAACAAGUGGAGGAGCAAAGACGACAGCUGGAGCUUAUGGAGAUGGAUAACGCGCGUAUGAAUGAGAAUGUUACCCUCGAAAUUGGUCGAGUGAAGAACCAGUUCCAGGAGAAGCUAGCUGAGCUUGCUCCCCUUCCUGAUAUGUUGAAGCAGACUCAGAUGAAGCUCCAGGAAGCACAGCAGAUGCGUUUACUCGCGGAAAGGAAUUGUGAUGAUCUUUCAAGGGAAUUAUUAAACUCUAAGGAGAAGCUUCAGUCUCUACAAAAUCAAGUGGACAUCUUGAUUAAGGAAAAUCAGGGUCUUCUGGAUGAGCGAGGUCAAUCUAAUGGUCGAUGGGAUGAUCUAGAGAAGAACAACAGCGAACUCAGGAAUGAAAAUGAAAGAAUGAAAAACUCCAUAUCACGUUUCGAAGAUCAUAUCGCAGCAAUGCAAAAACGUAUAGACGAGAAAAUGCACGAGGUCACCCAAUUGACAUCAAUGCUGGAACAAGUAAGGGAGGAUUCAGCAAGGCAGGUCGCUAGAACCAAGGAAAGGUGUGAAACAGUGAGAAGGACUAUGCAAGGUCAAAUUGCUGAAAUGGAAAGACAACUUGCACAAUGUAGAGCCACUGCUAGAACAGCGCAAAAAGACAGAGAUGAGAUACGACAGAAGAUGCAGGGUCAAAUAAAUAACUUGAAUGAGGCAUUCGAACAGGCGCAGGGACGAAUCAGAUUAUUACAGGGUCACGUAAAUUAUUUGAAAAAUUCUUACAGCAAUAUUUUCACCGGCCAAGGUCAGGGUGAAUCUCCAACCUCGAUAGCACCUGGAGAUCCUCCUAGUUCAGGACAAGGAUACGACUCCUGUGACUGCAAUUAUUAGCAUCAAACUACUAUAAUCAAUUAAUUAUGGGUUUCAAUACGAGGAAUCGAAAUUCCAGUAAGCCGAACAAAAUUGAAUCAUGAUAUGUCUGUUACUGUUAUAUUUAUGGAGUUCCAAUGGCGACUGUUUCCAUGUGUUACAAAUGAUUUGCAUUGUAAUUAAAAAAUUCUUAAAUUUUCGGUCUAUACGGUCUACAUGUCUCUGGUCAAUUGUAGUUUCGUUGAAGUUUCGCAUUGUGAUUGAAAAAAAAUAAAUAAAGUUGAAAAAAUAAAAAAUAAUAAUCACGACGUACAUCUUCAAAAAAUUACACAGGGACACAUCAUGUAAUGCGAGGGGUGGAAUACGGUAUAAGUUUAUAUUACAGCCACAUGUGUACUAUAUUUAAUAAAUCUACUAUGUAUUUCAUAAUUAUAAUUGCUGCGUUCACUUUU